CACAUUCAGUUCGAAAAAGUCAGUCUACGUGCCCAGGAGUGCCUAGAGGAUCGGAAAUACACAAUACCUGAAAAUAUAAUACACCUACAUAUAGUUUAAGAAAGGAUAACAGCCAUGCAUAGAUCCGUGUUGCUGCUGCUGAUGUCUGCGCUCCUUCUUAGCGCGGCAGUUGCUCUGCCGCUGAGCCUGGAGGAGUCCGCCGAGACGUCCUGGCUCGAUCUGCUUCUGGAGGACACCUGGGAGUCAGAAGAGCAACUGGAAUUGCUGGAUACCUCUAGCCAUGAAAACGCCAUCCACAAGCGCGCUGCCAAGGAUUCGAGCAGCUCUUCCGAAGAGCACAAGGACAAGGAAAAGGACAAGGCGAACAGCUCCGGAGCCUCUUCGUCCGAGGAGCAAAAAACGACAACAGAUCAUGCUGCAGAGGAAUCCACCACCCAAGCCGCUGCCAGGAGACGUCGGCAAACAAUCACGAAGUUCUCUAUAAAAAACCUUCCGGUUUGCUUUGAUGAGGAUUUUGAAAUUCCUGGAGCUGACCCUAGUUAUUUAGAAGAGUACAAGAGAAUAAUGUGUUCGCAGUUUUGGCGGCUUAUGCUCGUUGCCUCGAGCCACUCCCCGACUUCUGAGACAGCUGAGGAUCCGAUCAACACCGAAAAUGCCAUCCAAAAGCGGGCCGCCAAGGAUCCGAGCAGCUCCUCCGAGGAGCACAAGGACAAGGCAAACAGUUCUGGGGAAUCUUCAUCUGAAGAACACAAAACCACCACGCAGGCCACUGCCAGGAGACGUCGGUCCCUUCACCCUCUUCCGUUUUGUGGUCGGAUGGCUGCUGGAAUUGUGAGGAAAUAUAAUCUAGAAGAAACCGAAUUGAAAACAUACAAUGACAUGUGUUUGUCAAUGCUGCGACACAUGAAUCGAAAUGAAGAUGGCGAAAAGGUUAAUCAAGACGAAGAUUUUGAAACAGAGCGUUUCAGGCGUGAGGUCAAUGAACAGGAUCAGCCACUGGUGCAGAAGGCCAGCGGUGAACUGGAGCUGGAUGCCCAGGCGGAGAAGGAGCUGGACGAGGAGAUGGCACGGGCUGUGGCAGAUGUCAAGGAUAAUGGCAGCAUCGAGGAUUACGCUCAGGGCUGCGAGGUCAUGGAGGUCAGCUCAAAGGAGGCCAACGAGGCCACUUAUGCGGAGUGAUCAGCAGAAAACCUUAAAAAGUACAAAUAAAGAAAAUAUAAUAUAA